GAAAUAGGGUGUCUUCUGAGGUUGGUGGGAUUUGGGACUUCUUUGAUCUUUCCUUAAAGAUGAAAAGGGGGUGAGGAAGUAGUAGGAGAACAUGACCCCCAGAGUUCCAGAUCGAGAAGCCUCAGUAUGAACAUGGUUGGAAACAUCUGAAAGCCUGGUGAAGCGGUGGUGUGAGGUAGCAUCUUGCAUUGGUUCUCCUUUCUGUACUUCUCAUGGUUGUGGUUUUUGAUCAGGGCCUCAGCACCAGCUCAGACCAUGUGGACCGCGGAUGAGAUUGCGCGGCUGUGUUAUGAGCACUAUGGGGUCAGGCUGCCCAAGCAGGGGAAGCCUGAGCCCAACCGCGAGUGGACAUUACUAGCAGCUGUGGUGAAGAUACAACCUGCAGCUGACCAGGCCUGCGACUCUCCUGACAAACCAGCACAAGUGACAAAGGAAGUUGUCUCAAUGGGAACAGGAACAAAAUGCAUAGGCCAGUCCAAAAUGAGGAAGAGCGGAGACAUCCUCAAUGAUAGCCAUGCUGAGGUCAUAGCCAGAAGGAGUUUCCAAAGGUACCUUCUCCAUCAGCUCCACUUGGCCGCCGCCCUGGAGGAGGAUAGCAUCUUUGUCCCAGGAACUCAGAGAGGACUGUGGAAACUCAGACCAGACCUCUUGUUUGUGUUUUUCUCCAGCCAUACACCCUGUGGAGAUGCUUCCAUCAUUCCCAUGCUUGAGUCUGAAGAUCAGCCUUGCUGUCCUGUCAAUAGAAACUGGGCCAAUAACCCAUCAGUAGAAGCCAGUGGUAACCUGGAAGCUCCUGAAGAUAAAAGGAAAUGUGAAGAGCCAGAUGGUCCUGUGACCAAAAAGAUGAGGCUUGAGCUUGGGACUCCUGACGGUGUGGCUCACCAUCAGAGUUUUGGCAAUCAGGAAAGCGGCCCAGUCCCUCCAAGUGUCAGCAGCUAUAAUCUCACCACAGAGGAACUGUCCCCUGUCACUGGAAUGGCCCCCGGUGGUGCCAAAGUGGUGGAUGUUUAUAGAACUGGAGCCAAGUGUGUGCCGGGAGAAGCUGAAGACUCAGGGAAGCCUGGUGCUGCAUAUCACCGGGUGGGGCUGCUCCGAGUGAAGCCAGGCCGGGGAGACAGGACUUGCUCGAUGUCCUGCAGUGACAAAUUGGCACGGUGGAAUGUCCUCGGAUGCCAAGGGGCACUGUUGAUGCACUUCCUAGAAGAGCCUGUCUACCUGUCAGCCGUGGUCAUUGGGAAGUGCCCGUACAGCCAGGAGGCCAUGCAGAGAGCUCUGAUUGGGAGGUGUCACAACAUCUUGGCUUUACCCAAAGGCUUUGGAGUUCAACAAGUGAAAAUACAGCAGUCAGAUUUACUGUUUGAGCAGAGCCGCUGUGCAGUGCGCGAGAAAAAGGCUGACAGCCCAGGCCGCCUUGUUCCUUGUGGGGCAGCCAUCAGCUGGAGUGCAGUUCCUGAGCAGCCCUUGGAUGUCACUGCCAAUGGCUUUCCGCAGGGAACAACAAAGAAAGGAAUCAGAAGCCUUCAGGCCAGAUCCCGCAUCAGCAAAGUGGAACUCUUUAGAUCAUUCCAGAAGCUGCUAAGCAGUAUUUCAGAGGACAAGUGGCCUGAUUCCCUCAGGAUGCAGAAGCUAGAGACGUAUCAAGAGUACAAGGAGGCUGCAUCUGCUUACCAGGAAGCCUGGAGCGCACUCCGGAAGCAGGCAUUUGGAUCCUGGAUCAGAAACCCACCAGAUUAUCACCAGUUUAAAUGAGAAGAGAAAGUUUGCAGAGAACUUACUGGUAGCAGUGUGUUUUCAGCCCUUCGUACCAGACUGCUGUCUUCCUUUAUGCUGGACAAGUCUUAGCUUUUGUUGUGGCUGAGUCAGGAAAAAAGUGUGCCAUCUACCAGAGCAACAUCUCUCUUCUGUGUAAAAUGGAUGGAAUUCCAGAACACGGAACAAUCUGUAGUUUAUUGAAGUAGCUCUCUGCUAAAAUAGCAUCUCACUAAUGGCCCUGGUAUCCAUCCUAACUUGUGUUUUAUUGCUUCUCUAAAGUAUGGAAUAAGAAUUUGGGACGUGAUGCUUUAAAAGUACUCUGUAGUAGCUCCAUUUUAUGUGUUCCUACAUUGAUUCGGCAAAUAUUUAUUGGGCUGAGAUGAUGUUUGAAUCUCUGCAAGUUUUAGAGCUUUGCCUGGCACAUAUAUUUUGUAUACCCAGUCUUUCUUCCUUCCGAGAGCCACUCUUUCCUGCUCUAUCCAUGGGACUUGGUUGAGGUGAACCUUACUCCUUGGCUCCAGGAGUGUGAGCCAGCCCUGGACAGUCCUGGAACUAUUGCCAGAGCUACCAGGAGAGAUUCUCCUCUUGUAUCAGGAGCAGUAAGGGGCAUGUAAUCUUGGGACUGCUUAUGGCUGCCUUUGCCUCCCGGAUGGAGACAGCCAGCUUGAGAAUGAAGGCAAUCAAGAAAGAAACAACCAAGAGAAUCAAAGCUCUAGUGACCUUGUUUGGAUGCCUAAAGCUAGUGCCCACCCUGGACUUCAAUUAUAUGAGGUCAGUUCCUGUUGUUGUUUUGAGUAAGCCUGUUCGAGAUGGUUUUCUAUGACUUUCAACAGAAAGAGUUCUGUCUAAAAGGCCCAAGUCUCCUGUAGCAAGUCAGCAACAGAUCUAGCAACCAAUUGUGUUUUAACUAACAUCUAAUGUUUAACUCUCAACCUCUUCACACCUUAAAUUAUUGACUGAAUAUGGAAGCUCUCCAUGUUGGGAUUACUCACGAUCCUUGUCAGUUCUUCAUCAUUUUUUUAAUAGCUUUAAAUAUUUUUCGAUAGCAGCUUU